UCAGCUCACCUAGCCAGUUAUUCUUUACUGUCAGGUUGGGCUGCACAUCUGGGAGGCUUGGCCGCUUCUGGUGCAUAGCCCCAGUGGAAAUAAGUGCUUUGUACCAACCCUGCAGAGCUUACAGUGGAGUGGAGCAGGCACAGAUCAUUGCUUGGGGGUGACGUCAAAUGAUGAGAGAUGGUGCUGUCCUACAAGAUUGUUAGAUGGAGGGAAAGCACCUGUCUCUUUCCUCAGGCAGUUGCUUUGUGGCCCAAGUACAUAAAAAAUACGCCUGUGACCCAUUCCCUGGUUAUUCUGCAUGUGCUGGAGUGGAGUCCUGAGAUCUCUGUCCUUGGAGAUAACUCGAUACUUGUCUGGACAAGGCCAUGAUCAGCUUGAUCUGACUUUGAAUGGAGGGGUGGGGUGAGUUAGAGAGGUCCCUGCCUAAAUUAUCCCAAGAUUCUUCACCCAAAGACUGAAUGGGAGACAGAGGAUACCACAGACAUCCCUGGGACUGGGACUGUACCAGGCUGACCUCUUCACUUGAGAUCCAUUGGUUGUUCUUGGUCCCAGCUAGUAGCAUGGUGUGUUUCUCUCAGAUCCCUUCCUGGUUUCCUGACAGGCUGUUGUAAUGGUUCUCCCUUUUUCCUCUGACCCCAGGGUUUCUCACGGGAGUAGGUGUUGCUACACAGUUGGUGUGGCCAAAGCAGUUUUGGUGUAGGGAUCUGUCUUCUGGAAGGUACUGCUCCUCCCAGGACACAUGCUCUCACAGGGCUUGAGCACUGUGGGAUCAGCCUGUCUGGUUCAUCUCCCAGCAGGGAUGCUGGGCAGCAUACUGCGGUAUGGAGUUGGCAUACCAACUACCAAAGGAGUUCCGCCCUUUUUCUUUCCCUUUCAGGGAGUCUCAGUAGUUCCCUAGGGCUCUGCAAGACCAGGCUUUCUGGAUUGGGUGCUGCUUAUUCCAGGCCAUCUCUGGGAAGCGGAGAAGCCUCCUGGUCCUUGGGCUGAUACUGCUUCUUCCAGCAGCUGCUGUGUUGUGCAGCCUUGUAGUAGAUGGAGCUUUGAUACAGUUGAUUGUUUUAAAGACUGGGGAAUUCUGCUUGCCUUUUUUUCUUGUACUGUGUCUUUUUCAGAAUGUGAUGCCUCAGGAACCCCCAUUAAACUUUUCUGGAGUGGAUUUAUGUAUUCUAAAUCAGGAGAUGGGUUUAUGUGCCACAUUAGCAGUGCUGUUGUCCCCACUGCACAUUUAACGUAGCAGGAGAUGUGUUCUGUGUCCUCAAGCAUGCUUUCCUCUUGUCCUGAGGGUGUCCUGGGUGCUCAGGCACACUUGCAGCCCUGGUUAUUGGUCGCUGAGACCUUUUGGUGGUCUGAGAACUUUUCCCAGAGCCUGAGCUGGAGAGUAAGCUGUUUUGAAGCCUCUUACAAAGGUGCCAGAAUAGAGCAGUUUCAUUAGAGCCUGAGCUACAUCUGUAGCUUGAGAAAGGUUUGCGCUCUCAGAUGGUAAACAGUAGGCUUUUAGUGCUUGCUGCCUGCUGGACAGGCAGCCAGACCUCAUUGGAGUGAUGAGAGCGAUCCUGCAGUCCUCAUUGGAGAUAACAGUUCCAAGGUUUGGGAAUGACUGGUAGUACUGAAUUUUGAUCUUGGGUGGGAGAUGAGGUGAUACUGUGUUGGCAUCACCAUUUUUCUGGUGUCGGCAGAAGAGGGAGAUAGAGCUUGAAUUCAAGCUUUGCGUACCCUGUAAAGGUUGUAGUGUCUGAUCCAAAGCACAUAUUUUAAGAUGAAUGGUUUGGACCAGACUUCUCAAAUGAUUCUAGCUUCUAGUAAAUAACCUUUGGGCUCUCUAGGUACCUACUGCUAGCAGACCCUUGAUUUUAGGACACAGCUUUAAAGUUAAAUGUACCUUCAUCCCCUCUAUGUUACAGGUGAUUGAACCUGAUAAUAAUUCAGUGACCUGAGGGGAUCGCAAGAGAGGAAUGUGUUAGGACACAGCUGAGUUGUUGAGGGAGAGCUGCGCUUUGUCCCUAAUAGCUUUGCAAAGCUGGACUUUUCUUUAAAGGUUCCAGAAGGUGGUAUCUGCUUGCAUCCUGGUGCCAAGGCACUGACAGCACUGGAAGUCACCUCGAGUAGUUGUCUCACAAAGAGAAGAUUGGCCCUGCCUGCCUGUGAUUGCCAAGUGAUCACACCAGGUCAGUGAGCUGGGAAAGUCACAGGGGUAUGGAAGGUCUCCACAUUCACUGAGAUUUUUGUGCUAGCAGUAUUGCUCUAAACUCCACAAAGCAUGAGGGACCUGGGACUUGGUCCUAGUGCACAUAAAAGCUUCAGGGUGGAUGCACCACCAGCUUAUCUUUCCCCUCACCAUCGCUCUCUCCCCCUGCAGUCUUGACACAUCCUUGUGUGUUUUCAAUUUAUAUCACAGAAAUGUGAAGCCAGUAGUUGACAGAACCCUCUUUCUGGGGAGGGGAGGAUUCUUGUUGGGUACAUCCUGGAGCAAAAGUUUGAGAAUAAUAUCCUGGGGAAACAAUGGAUAGAUCAAAUUCGGAGUCCUGCUGACUUUAGAGUCAGACCUGUGGCAGGAUUGUAGGUACAGCUCGAGCUGGGUUUGUCAGUUCAGCCAAGCUGUUGGCCCAGCCCCAGCCCUGCUGCAUGGCUGUCCCUGUGUUGCCCCCUGUGUCAACAGGUAACCCCACAUCUCGUGCCUCGUUACCCCGUAGGCUUUUCUGCUUCCUGGCCGUGCUGUCUCCCAGCAGGGAUGUUGCUGAGGAAGCGGUGGGAGGUCAGGUGUCAGCUGGCCUCGCUGACAGGGUUACAAAAGGGGUUCUAGGACCAAACCCAUUCCACAAAAAGGAUUAAAUAUCAAAAUCCUUGGUGCUGCCUGUGUGCUCAGAAGUGCUGAGGAAAGGGGCUGUAUCAAGAGGGAGGAUCAGCUGGAGCAGAGAACAGUCCCUUGAGCUCCCUGUGCUUCCCGGGGAGUGUGCGCUCUCCCCUGCCUGCAGCUCUGCCUGUGUUGGGGACGCACUAUCCAUCCUACUGAUGGUGGCAAGGAAAGCACAAGGCCCUGGGCCUCAGCAGCCAGCCUGCAACCCCCCCUGCAGAAAACUGCUAUUUUAGCUAAAUUGGAAGGGCCCGCAGCUGUUGCCCCAGGGGCCAGACAACCCCCUUCCUCCUGCAGAGCUGCAUCCCUCAGAGGUGAUUUGUGAGCCUGUACGCUUCUGACCCAUGGUAAAGGGGAGCAUUAACAUCACUAGCUUUAGCCAUUAAGGAGGGGAUCUUGCGCUUGUCUCGAGACUGAAGUGCUCGCUCUUCAGCCUCACAAGCUGUUGGUAACAGCACCCAAGGAGGUCAGUAAUUCUCCAGAGCAUGAUACAUCCUGGCCUACACCUUCAGCUGAUUUAGCCUGCUCAAACAGAAGAAUCAUGCAAAAGCCAAGGGAAUGUGCCAGGCCUUUCUCUCCCAGGCAGUUCCUUGUUUGUUCAUUAACUGGCCAGAAAAGUGAUUCUCAGGUCACUGACUGUGGUAACUCAUGCACAAAUGGGCUGAGGCUGGACAUGUCAUGCCAAGGGAGCUGCAACAAAGGAGAGCUCCUUCCAUCUUAGGUGGUUGGGCUGCCUGCUUCCCCCUGGCCCUGAAAUCCCUUGGCUGUGGAUUCCUUUUGUUCUGGGAGACUGUGAGUUCCUCACUGCCCCUGUGACAGUGCCUGGAAAAGAGGUCAGAGCUGUGGGCUCAGCUCUAGGUGGGACUGUCUCCCAGUCCUUGGGUGAAGCUGCCCGAUGGGGCGUGCUCCCCUUCCUGGGAGGGCAGCUUCCCCGGCUGUGCUCCAGCAGCUCUCCACGAGCACCCUGAGAGCCAUCCCCACGCAGCCUCGGCCCGGCCAUGAGGUCACAGGCCAUGUGCAGAAAGCCAGAGCUUCUCACUUUAUAGCACAGCAGCAAAAGAGCCCACCGGGGCUGGGAAAGGGCAGCCGCAGCCUUCGCAGCAGGCUGUGACACCCUGUGCCUGCAAAGGCCUGCGGAGCUGCGCAUCAGCAGAGCCAAGUAAAAUUAAAACACACCCCUGGAGAGGGAUAUGAAGGGCAGGGUGGGAGCAAGGCUGUCGCCAUGGCCAGGGACAAGGCCACAUGAUGACAGUUUUUCUGCACAAAUGCUUCAGCAUACGCUGAAGGACCUUCAGGGAGUUCAGCAGUUGUGACUGGCUGGUGGCUUUUUCCCUAACUUCUGACCCCACAAGAGGGUGGAUGUUGAAAUGUUGAUCACUUGUAGAGGGGAAAAAAAGGAAUAACCUCUGGGGAGUUGCAGAAAUUUGGAGCACUUAGCCUUUGCCAAACUGGGAGCUGCAUUUGCAAGAGCAGCCACAGCCACCUUCUGAGCAGCACAAACUAAGGGUCAUAUCUGUAUGCCUGUGACACACCUAAGCGAUGCGCACUGUGGUGUAACAAAGCUGCUGGUGGCUCAAUAGCUGCUCCACACGUUUCCAGACCUGCUGUAGCAAAAUCUGAUGAUCACUUAUUUCAAGGUCUGUAACACACUUGGCUUGCCAGCAAAAGCACAGGACAGCUGCUUAACAUCUCCAUAACACCCAGCCAAAAAAAUGAAAACUUGAGACUCAAGAACCUGCAGAGUAGCCUGCUAUUAGCAAUAGUAUCAUUGGUAAUGAGGAGAAACAAAGAUGACCAUUUCUCUGGAGUCUGUCAAUAGGGUCUGCAAUAUGCACUAAUUUCAUCUUGUGCAUCUUCAGCCUUUAUUGCCACUGUCUUAGUAGUGAUUAGAAACCAGAGAUUUUUUUAAAUGUAAAUAAUAAAAUUUGUGCUAUAAGAAUAUAGCUGUAGCACCCUGAUCCACUUUCUAUAACACAUGAUAUUAGAAAGCUUCUAAUGAAUUUGAAGAAAAUGUAAUUUUGACUAGAAGUAAAAGUUUAAGGAAGCAAUAAGAAAAAACAGAGAUGAGCAUGGUGUUCUGCUUGGUUCUUGAUGGGGUUUAGGAGAGGUGCUAAAAGAUGUGUAUAGAACAAGAAACUCCUGUUUCUAGUCAAAUAUUAAAUAAAACUAGGCCUAGUUCUUAAAUUCAACAGGCUUUAGCAAAAAUUAGUUUGAAAUAUUAGUAUAAUGAAUUAGUUAUUACGGCAAGUAAUCCCACAGAAGGGUACAGAAUGAGAAAAAAAUCUCCAAAAGGUCUCACUAAAGUUCAACAUGAUCUACUCUCCCAUAUGACUCUGCAAAAACUUUCAUGGCUAAACCUCAGACUUGCUCUCAGCUCAGCCAAGGCAAAUGGCUGUUUUCUCAUUAUCUCUCAGCGUAAGAGGGUGUUAUUAGUUUAGUGAUAGUCUGGAGGGUUGGGGGGUGGGUUGUACUUACUACUUCUUGCUUUUCUCUUCUCUCUCAAAGGUGUUCAGAGUUUAAAACCAGAAAGGUAUCUGUAAACUAGCCGUAGCCUGCAAAAUGCAGCUGACAGUGAAGCAUAAUCCUCCCUCAGUUACUUGAAUUUUGCAGUCUCACAACAAUUGUUUGAGCAGACUUUAUUGAAAGAGAAAAGUAGCAACUGAAUAAAUGCACAGAAGGGACUAACUUAACCAACCCUUUGGAUAAAAGUCAGGGUAGGGCAAGAAGUGUCAUGGGAGUGUUUUAAUCCAUCAGAAAUGUGAUGACUAAAUGAGCAAUUACUACUCUGAAUAUGUACCAUCACUGGGCCCCUCCUACACUCACUUAGGAGUAUUUCCACAUUUCUCAUGCAAUCUGCCUGUGUGACAAAUCUGCACACACGCUGUACGCAAUUAGUGUCAAGCAUAAGUGCUGCUCAGGAUGUGUCUCAUGUCUCUAAACCCCUCCUGGAAGCAAUUUUCCCAGCAUACAAAGAAUAAAUCACUAUUCUCCUAACUUUCUCAGAGGACAGUUACCAAAUAAGGGCAAAAUAAACACAUGUAAUACAUGAUAAAGCAUGCUAAUAAAUUAGAUCAUAUUCUUCCAGCAGAAGUAGAUGCAGAGUAUUAGCUGCUUUAAGUGUUAAACAUUACAUGUAAUUAGUCAGGGUAGGUGAGACAAGACACUUGAAUGGGCACUUGUGGAAAACUAGUGAAACAGCCUGCUUAAAACAAACAAACAAACAAAAAAACCCCCGAAGAACUAGAAAAGAAGAAAAUCAAUGCACACCUACUACAGGAAGCAUAAGUUACUUUCUCUGUGUCCCAGCCUCUCCAGAAGCAUCAGUACAUGACAAAGAGAGCAGAGGGAGGGUACGCAACCUGCUCUGCACAUGCCCUCAUAGGGCACCGACUGCACCAGGGUGAAACAGUUAGCUUAAUUUCACAAAUGACAACAUGACCACACCUUGUAUAAUCAAUAGACACACUGUGCUAUUGGAAUGUCCUUAGUAGUCUCCUAUGACACCAGCUAUCACUCUUCACACACGUUUUCAAGUGACCAAACAUCAUGCUUAGACAGAGGCAAUGCUUGCUGAGAAAAAGGAACUCUUACACCAGGAUGUAGCACAAAUCCUCCUGAAAUGAAGCCAAACCCCAAACUGUAUUUUAGUCCAGCAGUGGAAAGGUUGGGUUACCUCUGAGCAGGCCUAGAAGGAGCUCAGGAGGCCAUGGAAGCUGGGGUGCUUCCUUAGGUGAGAAUACUAGGGGCCAAAGGCAAGAUACUAGCAUAAGAAAGGCUUAAUUAAUUAGUUAAUUAUCUACCCAGGGGCAGCUGUAGUGGGAAACACCAAGGUGAAAAUGCCUGUUUCAGUGUAGCUGGUGUAUGUUAGGUGCUGAGCUGGGCUUCCUUUUUCAGCGCUCGUGCACAGGGGAGGUCUACCCCUGCUUUCCUACUCUCUUGUUGCAUUCUGCUGAAGGCUGGCUGGGUCAGAAACCAUCAUCUGCUAGUGAAGGAGCAGCUCCCCUGAAAAGAAAGCAGUCUGUGGUGGCUUCAGUUUAAUAUUGUGCCAAAGAAGUUACAUGCACCAGAGGGGGAUGAGAAGGGCUCAGAGGAGAGCACCGAUGAGCUUACCACAGGUAUAGGACAAGCAAAGCCAAACAGAGGGAUGCUUUGUUUCAGGUUAUUCUAAGAGAGGCAGUGAGGAUUAUGAGGAAACAGUUUGUAUCUCUUUUUCCUGCCAGAAGACAGAGCAUUAAACUUGUAGUCAAAGUAAAUUGGUACUCUGAGUGGCCGAGAGUGUGUAGCAGCCUAUAUAGAGCAAGACAGCCAGAGCAUAUGGGUGCUGCACAGCCAGGCACUGAGGACGCGCAAGCAGUCGCAGGCAUGUGAGAAAUUCCCUGGGGACAACUCAAGGACCUGAAGGACCUUUGUCUUUCAGGACUGUCCAUCCUGAUCUCUGAUAUUUGUGAUUAUCAGAACUCAAGAGGCCAUUAAUAAGAGUUACAGAUAGCAAAACGGAUUGCCGUGAAAGGGCAAAGAGAACCCCCCCUGUUUAUCACCAUUCCCUCAGGCUAAUCAGGAACUGGAGGCUGGAUCCAGCCUCGGCUGCUCCCUGUUGCUUUCUAAGAGUGAGCAGACAAUGCACUGCGAAUGACACUUGACCAUAUAACAAAUGGAGGAUUUGCAUCCGCUCACUUUUUAUACAUGUUGCUGGAAAAGCACACCUAAUUUGAUAAAAAUCCAACUUCCAGCUACGAAAUCCAGAGAACUUUUGCACCUGGCAAAGGUUCAGGUGGAAAUCUACCACAGGGUGCGUGAGGAGACCUGAGAGACCCCUGGUCUCUACUGAAAGCAAACGCUAGGCAGGGGAGGUUCGCUUAGGAAAUGCUGAUAUUUUCUUUGCUUCAACUGACUUAGGAAUUGGGAUUCCUGUCUGAUACUAAGCAGAUAAGCUUGGUGUGGGGUUUCGGGGAAUUGAACAUGCCCCGGGGGGGCUGAGGGCUGGCCCAAGCAGGGUGGAUUACCUGGGAGUAAAUGGCCAGCGCUGCUCCCCGCAACCCAGCUGGCUUCUGGCAGUCAGGGCGGGCUGCCCCACCUCACUCAUACCCCACACACCUGCAGACACAGCAGGAGAUCGUCCUGUUUUCAAGCUGAUCACCUGGUCAGGGUGGUGUAAAGUCUUCUUCCUCAGAGGGGUAGCUGCACUUCUUACCUACGCAGGAGCCCUCAGCGACUUCACGCGCAGAACAAACAGCAGAGGCAGAGUUUGAACGUGGCUCGGUCUGUCGUGCCUCGGUGAGCCCAUCCGUAACCCGGAGGUGACUCCGGUGUUGUUCUCAGCACCUCUCUGGUUGCAGGAGACAGGCGUGAUGGAUGGUUUCCCUUCCCUGCCAGCGGUCCAGCUGCUCCGUCACAGGACACGGCAGCCCUGGGGCACAGGGACGUGGGCAGCGGGCCCGCCUCAGGGAUGAUGGCGGGGGCCGUUCCUUGGCACCCCAGCCCAGAAGGUUGGACCUGCCCCCCUCGGGCAAGGUCCCGUUCCUGAUGAGAGCGUGGUACGAAAACCACCCGUCUCCUUGCUCCCUGCACGGGUGUUCCUCCCUCCCCGAGCCUGGGGACGCUGUGGGCAGGAGGGCAGCGUGCCUGGGCCUCCAAACCGCCAUCGUGGAGUCCCCGCUCGGCUUUAUGGGAGCGCAGGGCCUUUCCCCUCAGAGAGGGAUCCCCGGCCUCCCGCUCGUGUCCCAGACAGGCCAAACAAGCGGGCCCGGGGCUCCGGUCUGAGCAGGGGCUGUGCUGGAGCAGCCAUGGGGUGGGGGUCCCGGCCAGCCAGGGCCGCUGAGGCCCAUCGGUGCCCGAGACGGGCCGGGAAGCCGCCCGGCUCCUCUCCCCCACGCCGGCGGGAUUGGCCCUCGGCCGCCUUCCCCGGAGCUCGGGGACACGGAAAACACGCAGCUCCUCCCGCCAUGCCUGGAGCGGGGCCGUCGCCGGUCUCGCUGUGAGUCAGGGCAGGACACGUGAGGCCCCGGCGCCUUCCCGCCCGUCUGCCAUCGCGUGCCAGGGCUGGCGCUGAGCGCACCCUGCCCCGGGAUCCCGAACCGUCGCGCAGCCCUGCAGAGCUUUCCUACAACCACAGAGAAGAGCACACAGCACAUAAGGAGAAAUACCAACCAGGUACAGCAAUGGAGAACUUGAAUAUCUUAUUCCCAGAUUUUACUGAAGAACAGCAAGACAUUUUCCAGAGAGUUUUUACUGCUGAUGCCAAUUACUUGGAGAAUCAUGAGAAAAUGGACCAGUCCUUCUGGGAAUCACUUGUAAAAUGUUUAGCCACCACUGACCCACCCAUCCUGAAUGCUGAAGAAAAGAACAAUCUCCUCAACAGCUGCAAUGUCCUGCCUGGAGGCUGUGCAGCCUGCCUGAAAGCCAUAGAGAAGAAAGGAGUCAGGGCAAUGGCUGUUCUUUACCUCUUGCUGAAGACAACCAACCCAUCUGGAUAUAGGCAGCUGCCCAGCUCCAAGGGAAAGGAUGAAAAAUUGAAACUCCUGAAGAGAUGUGAAAGGAAUCUCAUGCUUUCACAAGGGGAAAAAAAGGCUGAAAACUCAUCCCAUGAGUCCAUGGAUGAAGAUACACAAGACAGUGAUGGGGAAGAUUUAGGAAGACAGAAGACUGAAGGCCAGUUACUUGGAGGCAUACCAGCAGAGGUUGUUCCCUACAGAGAUUCAGGCCUGCCAGAGAUUACCAGAAGAGAGGAUUCAAUUGCAGAUGCAUAUGAGAACACUCGCCUCCAUCAGUGGACAGUACGGUGGAUGGGCAUACGGAAGGAUGAUGAAUUCUUUCAUUUUGUCAUUCUUUGCUUUGCAAUUGGAACUUUACUAAUUUGCUACUACUACUACAAAGAUUGGACUAUUUCUCUUGGAACUGGUUUAAUCACCUUUGCCUCCCUGGAAACCACUGGGAUAUACUUUGGUCUAGUGUAUCGAAUUCGGAGCGUACUUGACAGCUUUGUUCCUCUGAUUGGCAAAUUCAGGCCGACAGAAGUUGCUUAAGGGUAAAAUAAGCAAAACAUUUAAAAAUCACCCAGCGGAACACAUCAUGCAAGAUGAACAGCUCACCCAACUUGAAGCAGCUCAUAUGAGAAGAGUCAAUUCUAUAGAAAAAAGCAACUUACGUGUUCAGCCACAUCCUCUUGGGUAUCUGGGAAUUUCCUGCUGUUCUUUCAGAUCCUUCUUCUUAAGUCCAUCUCAGUGUUUUAAAACACUCCUGCCUCUUGCCCAACGGCAAGGCUCUCAUUCUGGUCUCACAUAUCACCCUUGCUGCAGCACUGGCCAAGCACUCAAAAAUACGAUACAAGUUCCUAUGAAGAGUUUCAAUCUCCUUAAACGAGCUUGUGUUCACUGAGCUACUGUUCUCCAAAAGUCCAGCAAGUCGAGCCCACAGCUCAUGGCCCAUUCCCAUAGCUCUGCUGGGCCUCCACCUCCCACUGCGGGUUCCCCAGGAGCCAGUACAUCUCCUUCCACUUCGACACCACUCAGCACAUAGGGUACUUACUUCCUUCUUGGCUUUGGUUUUAAACGGCUGGGGGGCAAUGCAGAGAGGAGGAACUGAAGCAAAGGCACUAGCGACCCUCCUCCUGCAAUACACGUUCCUGCUUUUCACUAUCUAGUGCCUAACAUUUCUGUACAGAAGAGGGGCUACUGCACUCUUCUGGCAGCUUGGGAAGAACUCUGUUUUCACCAAACUCCCUUCAAGACAGGAUUUUAGUCUUCAGCAGUAAGUUGGACCAAACGCUACUCGAUUCACUCUAGGCUACAAUGCCCAACGUCUAUUUCCCUGCUGAAGCACAGCCCACCCAGACCUUCAGUGAACACCCAACACUUCCACACUAGAGCUCACAGUAGGCAAGGUUAGUUGCAAAGCAGAAAAUGCUCCUGCUAUACAGCAGGCAGGCAAAGGGCUGCUGC